CCCCGCAGCAGAAUUCAUUCUUUGAGACGCUUUCUCCCUUUGAGACGCUUCCAGCAUAUGACCAAACAAAUUCAUCGCCAUUUUCGCUCUAUUACUUAGAGUUGUUUAUACGAAACCUUAGCCUUCGGUCGACGACGCCUCCGCCUCUGGCCAACGACGCCUCCGCCUCCGGUUGACGACGCCUCCACCUCCGGUCUCCAGUCGACGAGACUGAUGAAGUCUCCUACUCCGGCCUAUAGCCGCUUUUGCCUCCUUCUUUCACGUUGUUUACAAGUACGCUCGGACUUUGGGUGUAGUUGAUUUAUUCGUUGAUUAAUGUUGUGUUUAUGACAAUGUCUUCUCUGUGUACGAAAUAUUACUUCAUAUUUCUGGUUGAUAACCCUAGAAAGCAUCAUCGACUCUGUUUUGAACUUCAUCUGCUGUUGCUCCAAAAAGAAAAAAUUGUCCUCUCCAACUUCCUUCCUGAUUUCAAUAUUAGCCCCAUCUAAUGUUCCUAUAAUCAGGCAUCCAUUGAGUGCAGAUUUCAUAUUAAGAAUAUUUCAAAACCACUCAAUGAUCACACAUCCUCCUCUAUAACUAUUCGAUUUUGACAUUAUAAUUUUGUUAAAGUUCACAUUUAUUGCUUAAUUAUAUAGAAACCAAUAUUUAGAAAAGCAAGAUUUUUCAUCAAAUGUUGACCAAGAUAUAUGCUUAUAGCUGUGAGAGCUGCAGUAUCAGCAUUUCGUAGGGAAGAAGAAUCACAAGUUCACCAUUCAUCUAAAAGAAGAAGAGAGAUAUCAGAUUGGUAAUUUAGUUUCAGACAUAAUAGUAGUAACCUUUAUUGUAUGGAAUCAGGACAGGGUUAAUUAUGGUGAUUCAAUGUUCAUGGAGACACCACGAGGCAAAGGUCUUCAAUUCCCAUUUUUUGUUGCUGAUCGUGUUAUUAUAAAGUCCAAUAUCGCUCAUUAGCUAAGGUUUCUGAUACUUCAUCAUCACAGCAAACUUCAAGUAAGAUAACACCCAAUUGGCUCUAAACCCAUGUGGCAUCUUUAAAUGUAUCAUGUUUCAAAUGUAUGUGUGUGUGUGUGUUCUAAAGAUAAUUGUGUAGCAAGUUUUGCAUAUGUGACUGAUUCAAUUUCACUUCAAGUGCCUUUAGCUGUGGGGUAUCGAUUAUUAUUUCAUCAUCUUCUCAUUAGUUAGAUUAAGUCAUAAUCUUUAACAUAUCUUUACCCUCAUUAUUUUCUAUGAUCAUUUUUAUGCUCAUUUUCUUAUCAACAGGUUUGAGGUUAUACAUUGGAAAUUUACCAUCACAUAUGGAUGAGGUACUAGUGCAAACAACCAAGAGCAGGAGGAUCCGUAUGGUAGAAAGAAAAACCAGAAAAAAAAGUGUUGAUAAACCCAAAACGAAACAUCUUGAAGCAAGGCAUACAAUGGACAGUAAAGAAAAGAAAAAGAGAAGUGUGACAUUGAUCAGAGAUCAUUCCAAAGAAUAUCUAUCAAAUUUAACAGUUGAGUUUGAUCAAUUCGGUAGAGCUAUUGGACCUAACCGCUUUAAGUUCACCAGUUAUCGUGGAGUGACUACGAGGAAGAUGAUUUCUAUCCUUAUAGAUAGUUGGGAUUUAGUGGAUCAAUGUGACAAGGAUCAAUUGUGGUUGAACAUAAAGAAUUAUUGGCAUAUACGAGAUGAUAAUCAUAAAGCACAAGUACUUAGAGAUUGCAACACGCAAUGGAAGGCCUACAAGUCGGCGCUUCUUAAGUUGUGGGAAAAAGGUGUCAAUCCAGUAAAAGAAUACCCAUACCUUGACAAAGCAAUGUGGAAAAAGUUUAUUGUUCUAAAAUCCACGGAAGAAUUUGAGGAAUUAAGAAGAAAAGGAAGGGAGGCAGCAAAUAAAAACAAGAACCAUCCUCGGUUGGGCCCAAGCGGGUAUCAUGGUAAUGAAAGCAAAUGGGAUGAAGAGGCAACAUCUGGUGUAACAAUAAAAGGCCACAAUAUAUCAAGCAAGCGGGCAAGGAAUUUUCUCUAUGCCAGGAGAAAACGCAAUGCAUCGGGGCAGUUGGUUAUAACGCCAGAGACCGAACCUCUAGCAGAUAAGAUUAUCCAAAAAGAUAUUCUGUUAUCUCAAGGAGUGUUGGAGCUUGGACCUCGGUCUGAUCUACUGGCGGAGGUACUAGGACGGGAACAUUCCGGUCGCACGAGGGCAGUUGGUCAUAAUAUCGGAUUAAAGCAAUCAAUGAUUUAUAAAAGAAAAAAGAAAGAACAUGAGUUACCCAAUGUUGAACAGAUGCAAGAAAAGCUAGAGACAAGGAUGUUGAAUAGCAACUUUUAUGACAAGAUCAAAGAUAGGUUGAUGACUGAGAUGUCGGAACAAUUAGUACCGAUAGUGGUUGCUGCGUUGAAGCAAGAUAAGACAACUGAUAUGGCGGAAGACACAAAUUUUUCUCUAUAACAGUUGAAACCCAAUACCCUUUGUAAGCUCAGGAUGUUGAUCUAAAUCAACUCUUUUUCCGGUGGCAUCCAAAUGGGCAAAAUAGUCAUUUUGCACUGUACAUUAUGAUACAAAUUGAUUAGCAUGACCACAUUAGGAACCUCAGAUAACAAAAGGGAACUUGUUAGUCUCGCUAUUAUGAUGUUAGAUUUGAUGAUGCCAUGUUGGUAGUUUAGGCUGUCAGUUUGAGCAGCAUUGCAACCAGGUUGGCACUUCAGGUUUCCUUUAUUAAAUCGGGUAUGAAAUUAUCACAUUUUUUAUUCCCUUGUGAAAUGAUUUUGUUUGUGUUGUGAUUCAAAUCAUCCCCAGGUUGAACAUCAUCAAUUCCAAUUGAGAAUCUACCGAGCACUGCAUCAAAAUAAUCUCAUCAUACACUUUCACCAAACAUCUAUUCAGAGCUCACAACUUCUCCUAUAGCAGCAGCCUCACUUGGGAAGGUGUAUAAGGGUAGAUUAAAGGAAAAUGGGGAUUUGGUUGCUGUUAAGGUACAAAGGCCUUAUGUACUUGAAAUAGUAACUGUUGAUUUAUUCAUCAUAAGGAACUUAGGAUUGGCUCUUCGACGUUUUCCUCAGGACCAAAAGAUUCAGAGACUAUUCCAAUCUCAUACGUAUAUAAUUGUUUUAGUGCAAUCAACAAUCGUCCAAUUGGGAGUGUGGUUACUACGUUAUGAACUGGAUGCAUGAGUUUGUACUUUUUCGACAACAUGGAUUUCCGAAUAACAUUUGGAAGGACAAAAAACCAUUUUCUAGUGAGGAAUUGGACGAACGAAUUAAAACAUGGCUGAGAACUUUUGGAGAUAAAGUGAAGUCUUUUUCAAGUUAACGAUUUCAAGUUAGGGAGGUUGUUGUUAUGGAGGUACACAAACAUCCCUUGUAUUUCAUGUUGUAUUUGCUCAUAUUUUUUAUGUUGUGGAGAAGUUUUCACCCUUGCAUUGCUAUAGAUGAAGUUGUUAAUGGCAUGAAUGUCCAAUAAUUUGAGUUUUCUUCAUUAAAAGUUAUUUGAGAUUUUGAAUCCUAAGUUUUCUUGUUUUUGUAGGCAUACACUGAAUUAGCCACAAAGGGUAAAUAGAGCAUCCAUGGAGUGGAAUUGGCUGAUUAAUAAGGCUGGAAUGCAAAGCCAGAAUGGGCUGGAAAGGCUGCUUGAAAGGCUGGAAUAAGGCUGGAAUGCAAAGCCAGGAAUAGGAAUGAAUAAGACAUCAAGUACGGUUGUUUAUUGGUGUAUUAGAUGUGUAUAUAUGGCGUAUUAGAUGAUACUUGAGACACGGUUGUUUUGGUGUAUUAGAAGUUUAUAUAUGGCGUACUAGAUGAUUGUAUGGGAUGGUAUAGGAUACAUAUAAUACGGUUAAAUAGCCGUACUUUAUUAUGCAUGUAAUCUAAUACACCCCUCUACUAGUACGCCUGCUAUGUACGUACUAUAUUCAUAAUUUCAACCGUACUCUAUUAACCUUUUUCUAGUAGUGCUUGUGUAGUGUAGGUAAAAUGUUUGAGAAAGUAUCAAUAAACUUUAGGCUGUAAAAUUCAAUCAUCUAAGGUAUUUGAAAAGAAAAAUUGAAGCAAAA